AAUAUAGAGAUUUUUCCAAUACGAAAAUUCUGCCAAAAAUCCAAAACUAGUUUUCUGCAUUCUUUUCAAAGAGAAAAUAGAGUAAAGUGUAGUUCUCGCCGGUUCGCUGCGUUCGAUGGUUUCCCGGGUUUGAGGUACCGCUACGCCGGAAAAGGUACGUCCUUUCUAUCAUGAGAGAAAUCAUUCCAUAAGCUUGGGUACUUGAGGGGAAUAAGAUUCUUUAAGGAGAGAUAGUGAAUUCUAUCGGCUAGGGCGCUUGCAUGAGUUUUUGCAUGUUUUCUUAAUCUUAUGUAUUUGCUUGUGUUGCAAGAAAAAUAAUAUACGUGAACAAUUUUCCCAAUAAAACCAACAUUAUCACGAAAGCCCUAAUCUCAUCCAAGUUAGUUAGCAUAAAACUGGGUUAAUCAUACUUAGAAAAUCCGACCAAAAGAUUCGCUAGAUUCAUCUGCCUCUGGUAGCAAGCAGCAUCUACAACAUAUGGAUUCUGUUUCAGCUAGAUGACGAAACCAACUGUAAGAAGAAAUCCCCCCAUUCAGACAAUAUAAUUAAAAAGUGUCAAACUAGUUUCUCGAGCUCCAUGCCCCUAUAUUUUUUUUAUACGAGGAGAAAUCCGUUUGGCAACGAAAAUCUCAACUCUUGUAAUUCUCUAACAAAUCCUGAAAGUAUUUAAUACGAACUUACAGUCUUGGUGCCCCUUCAUUCCCACACUUAGAACACGAAACAAUGGAGUCGUCCUCCCAAUUCCAAGCCCCGGCAAUUUUGGGCUAUCUCCUCUUGCUCGUAUUCUUCCUCCUCAAAAUGCGUCGAAACCCACCAAAACCCACCUUCGCCGCCGCAGCCCCGCCGCAUCCCCCAAAACUUCCCAUCAUCGGAAACCUCCACCAGCUCGCCGGCAGCUCCCUCCCCCACCGCCGCUUCCCCGACCUCUCCAACCAAUACGGCGCCGUAUUGGGCCUCCAACUCGGUCAAAUCCCCUUUGUCGUCAUCUCCUCCGCAGAAUCCGCAGAACAGAUUCUCAAAACACACGACGUCGUUUUCGCCAACCGACCCUUCAGCCUCGCCGCCCAGAUCUUAACCUACGAUUUCACCGACAUCAUCUUCUCCCCCUACGGCGCCUACUGGCGCCAGCUCCGCAAGAUCUGCGCCCUCGAGCUCCUCAACCCGAGCCGGGUCCAGUCCUUCGGGUCGAUCCGGUCCGAAGAGAUAUCCAAUUCCAUGGGCAGAGUCUCUGUUUCGGCUGGGCAGGAAUUCAAUUUCAGCGAAAUGGUCUUUUCCCUCACCGCCGGCAUCGUUUCCCGGGUGGCUUUCGGGAAGAAAUACAGAGGGCACGACGAGUUUGUGCCGGUGAUGGAGGAAAUGGCGCGAAUUUCAGGUGCGUUUAGCCUGGCCGAUUUGUUUCCGUCGGUGAAAUUGCUUCAGGUAAUGAGUGGGAUGAGGUCCCAGCUUCUCAGGUUGAGAAAUGAAGCUGAUCGGAUGAUGGGCGGCAUAAUCUCCGACCACCGUGAGAGGCAGAGCACUGCUGAUCGGGGUUCCGACGAGGUGGAUGAUUUGGUCGAUGUGCUUUUGAAGCUUCAGGCUGGUGGCGGGCUCGAGGUUCCUCUUUCAGAUGACAACAUCAAAGCAGUCAUUCUGGAUGUGUUCAUAGCGGGGAGUGAUACUUCGGCCAUUAUUAUGGAUUGGGCAAUGUCGGAAAUGAUUAAGAAUCCAAGGAUCCUACAACAGGCGCAAAGCGAAGUGAGACGCGUUUUUAAAUUAAAAGGAGAUGUUGAUGUUACACAGCUUCAUGAGUUGUAUUAUCUCCAAUCAGUUAUCAAAGAGACGCUAAGACUACAUCCUCCGGGACCGCUAUUGAUUCCCAGGGAAUGUGGCGAGGAUUGCGAGAUCGAUGGUUUUCAAGUAAUGGCAAAGGAGAAGGUGAUUGUGAACAUUUGGGCGAUUGCUAGGGAUCCAAAAUAUUGGACUGAUCCGGAUGAAUUUCGUCCAGAAAGGUUCAUCAAUAAUCCAAUUGAUUUUAAAGGAUCGAACUUCGAGUUCCUACCAUUCGGUUCCGGAAGGAGGAUAUGUCCAGGGAUCGCGUUUUCUAUGGCGAAUAUUGAGCUCUCGUUGGCCAAAUUUCUAUACCAUUUCGAUUGGAAACUUCCGAGUGAUGUCAAGAUAGAGAAUUUGGACAUGACGGAAUUAUAUGGAUUUGCGGUAAGGAAGAAACAUAACCUUACAUUGAUUCCAAUUCCCUACACCCAAGCAUUAGGUUCUUCAUUCUCAAGUUAACAUGGGAAAUAGUUGGAAUAAUAUCGGUUUAUCAUACGUUCUCUUUUCUUUUUGCUAAAUGAACACUUAUGUAAAUG